CACAGUAGAUGGCGGUAAUGCACUAUAUAAGAAUGCGAACCACCAAUAAAACAACAAGAAGAAGAAGCUAGUUUACGGCAGCUGAGAGGUUGAGUGAACUGUGGGCCUGAGGAAGGUUGAAUUGAACGAACAUGCCAUUCGUUGACCUCCAGUCAAAGCUGGGUAUUAAUCUGGACCAGUGGCUCUUGGCCCAGAGCGGGGAGCAGCCACAGAAGCGGGUCGCUCGCUGCCAUGCCUUUGAGAAGGAGUGGAUAGAGUGUGCCCAUGGCAUCGGCCAGACUCGGGCCAAAAAAGAAUGCAAAAUCGAGUUUGAAGACUUCUAUGAGUGCAUGCACCGCCAAAAGACACAAAAGCAUUUAUAUGAGGUUCGUAAGCAGCGGGACAAGCUGAUUAAGGAGGGAUCCUACACACCCCCUCCACAUCACACAGGCAACGAGGAGGCCCGGCCGUAAAUCUAGAACCCCGGACAGAACAUACUCGCUCUCAACCCAGUCAUACUGUUGUACAGUUACUUCCUCACUUAUGUAUUAUAAAAUGAUUGCUGUAUCAACAUAGUUUAAUGUUUGAGAAAUAAAUAUAAUGAUUCCAUGUUAUAACUGUUAUUGCCAUUGUUGUAAUUUCAACUGGGUUAUUUGUAGUUUCAUUUUGUACAAGUCAUUUGGUGGUAUUUCUGCUUCAUAACUGAUUUCAGGAUGAGAUAUUCAGAUUUUUACAGAACAACUACUGUUUCUUCUCUUGGCACAACUGGUGCCAACAGAAAGCUUCAUAUUAAUACUAUUUUUAGGAAAAGCUAUUAUUAAAACCCAGUACCCUAUGCAUCUGCAAGACAUUCAUGAAAUAUUUCUGUGCAAAUAAUUCAGAAAUCCAAUUGUUUACAAAUUGUUACAUUGAAUUUAAUGCAGCAUAAAUGCAAUUUAAUGCAUCAAUUUAUAUAGUAAUGGUUUUACAUAAAAUUUACUAAGAAA